CAAUUACUUCUCUGAACAGCGAACAUAUCUACAAACUCUGUUGCCAGAGUAAAUUAGUAUGUUGGAUUAAGCACUACUGAAAUGGCACCUAUCCGGCGGUAUCUCCGCAUCUCGCAGUACAGUGUCCUCGAAUGUCGCAUUUAUCUCGAUAAUCCAGCGCUGGCGCAUACAUGGCUGCUCAACCCACGCGAACCCAUGCUACCAAAGGUGAUUGAAAGUAUACGGCCGUAUGUCUUGCCGAAAUUAGACGAGGAAAAAGAAAUGGCCAAGGGCAGCAAGAAGAAGAGAAAGGGAAUCAAAGAUGUAGUCGUUCAAGAUGAAUUCGAAGUUUCCAUGUUCCUAAAAGAGACACCGACGCGCCAUUCUCUCUUGACAAAGCAUAAGACCUUCAAAGAAAAUAAGGGCAAGCUUCGAAGCAACUCGAACAAGCUUACCGGGACAACCGAUGCACCUAUUGAAGUGGCAGACGAGGAGGCUCCAACCUUGAGGCUCGAAGAAGACGAUGAUGAAGUUGCGAUACAGGACAUUCCAGAUAUCGCCGAAGGAAGGGAAGACGGCUCCAGGGGGAGCGGACAGCAAACAGCGUCGGGCACACGCUCUUUGAGAAAGAGACGCCGAGAAGGGACAGACGAAGAUCAAGGACUGUUCGUGUCCGACUCUGAUGCAUCAGAGGGCGAUGACGAAGAUGCUGAAAGACAUACAAGCUCCUCUGCAAAGCGCCAAAAGUCAUCAGGUCAGAGCGCAUUUGCUGGCGGCCGUGGCGGUGACGACAAGAAGAAGCUCGGGUUUGAGACAUCCUACGAUGGAUUCGCCCUGUACGGGUAUAUACUGUGUUUGGUCGUGCAUCGACGAGGCGACAAGGCUGCCACGGGCAAGGCUACUGUUACAGAGCUGCCUAAUUCCGGAAAAGCCUUGAUGGAAGGAUGGGUGGCUUCCACUCAAGUCGGUCACAAUGACGAAGGCGUUUGAAUCAUUCCACCCUUUGUCCGCCCUCCACACAGUGGGUAGUACUGCUGUCGCAUGGCAGGUUACAAUCGCAGCAGUCUACUAAUUUAUGCUCUAACGACACAGUUGAGGCUGAUACCUAUCCUGUCGGGAGAAUAUUCCGAUACUCCGCAGUCCUACUGCUUCUACCAGUUUGUGCACUUCCACGCCGUUUCCCGCUGCCAUUCACAUGAUCGAUGAUCGCGAGAAGGCAAAUAGCCUACAGGAUGCUGGAUAGAAUCGCACCUCGUCAAGCUCAUGCAAAUGAGCAAACACGUGCCUUAUCACAAUUGUAUGGCACUCUGUACUCUGUCCGUUUUAUCAAACUUAUCCCGGACAUCCGCUCGACUAUGUCGCGUCAUCUGAGCCGCUUGCCCCUCGCCGGGGAUCGUGUUCCGGGG